AUGGCUGCCGACAAACUCAUCAAACAAGGAGACUCGUAUUUGAGAAACAAAGCGUACCCGGAGGCCAUUGACGCGUACACUGACUACCUCAAACAGAGCCCCAAAGCUCUCCAGGCGCUUUUACAGCGGUCCGUGGCCUUCCAAAGAAGUGGUGAUCUCGCCAAAGCAAAAGAAGAUAUCGUAAAAGCAUUUAACAUCGCACAGCAAACAGGUAAAAAACAGGAUAUAGGCGAUUGUUUCUACCGGCUCGCCAUCUAUCACUACUCCAAGAACAACUGCGGCAAGGCAAGCAAAUUCCUUGACCGAGCCGAACAGUUGGAUUGUCGUGAACCCUCAUUGGCAAUUUGGAAAGCCAAAAGUCAUAAAGAUGUCCAGGCCAUUCUCGCCAAACCAGACGGGCCCCAUCAACUCCAAGCCCAGCUUGCCCCGGAAGACAGCUGGGAAACGAUGUUGGAAUCGAGGUUUUCCAAAUCCACAAGCAUCGACGAGAUCAACAAGCACGCUCCCUUGAAGAUCAAAAUCAGAGAAGACUGGUACCAAACCAAAGAUGAAGUGGUAAUCACCAUCUACGCCAAAAACAUCAACCCCGAGUCUGUGCACAUCCAGUUCCGCCCACGCGCCGUUAGCGUCGAGUUCCCCAGUGGCAGUGGAUCUGAAUACAACUACAAUUUGGACCCACUCUACGGCGCCAUUGAUACCUCCAAGUGUGAGUACACCGUGAAGAGCACCAAGAUCGAAAUCACAUUGGCCAAGAAAACCGCCCAUAAGUGGACGGCGUUGGAAGCGUCUGCCGGCUCUGCUGACAUUGUACAUGAAGAAACACCUCAAACUGAACAAACGGGUUUGGUAUAUCCUACGUCUUCGAAAAAAGCCAUCAACUGGGCCAGUUUUUCAGUGGAAGAAGAAGAGGAAAAGGACGAAGACCCCAAUGCAUUCUUCUCCAAGAUCUAUAAGGAUGCCGAUGACGAGGCUCGUAGAGCCAUGAUGAAGUCGUUCACCCAGCUGAAUGGAACGGUGCUAACGACCGAUUGGAGUGAAGCGCAGGCAAAGACGUUUGAGACGUCGCCUCCUGACGGCAUGGAGUCCAAGAAGUGGACCUAG